AUGAAGGAGGUAGGGGACCGCUGCAAAGGCAAGGAAUAGGACGAGGAUGAGGACGUCUAGGAUAACUGGGAUGAUGGUGAUGACAGGAAAAAGAAAAAAGAGGAAGCAGAAGUAAACAUUUUAGAAAAUAAAAAAUUAACAGAGAAGAUAAAAGAGAAAGAACGGCAACAGAAGAAAGGGCAGGAAGAAAUUAAAAAGGGGUUAGAAGAACCUGAAGAACUCCAGGUGCUAACACUAGAGGAACAAUUAGCAGAUAAACCGCAGCUGGAGAAAUCACAGGAUGAGUCAGACAUGGAAUUAGCAAAGGCAACUUCUGGUGUUAAGACUACUGUAUAUGGAACGGAUGCUAUAAACCCAUCUUCAAGGGAUGACCUUACAGAGUUUGGAAAGUUACUAAAAGAUAAAAUUACACAAAAUAAAAAGUCACUAUAUUAUGCCAGUUUUUUGGAAGUCUUAGUUGGAGAUGUGUGUAUGUCAUUGGAAACUGAUGACUUGAAAAAGGUUCUCAAUACAUUGUGCUUUGAAGUGAAAAACAGAAGUAAGCAAAGCCAAGCCAAAAAGAACAAAGGUAUGGUUCCUGGAGGGAGAUUAAAAGCCACCAUGACAAAUGAUCUGGUAAAUUAUGGUGGUGAUGAUGCAGGGUAUGCACAAGACUAUGAAAAUGUCAUGUGA